GCUGCAAGAUGGCGUUGCGAGCGCUCCGGCGGGUCGGGCCGGGCCUGGCGCCGCGCUGCCCGCGCCUCUCGCCGCCGCCGCCGCCGCCGCGGGUGCUCGCGGCCAGGAGGCUGGCCACCAGCUCGCUGGUGCUAUCUGCCCGCAAAUUCACAGACAAGCAUGAAUGGAUAUCUGUUGAAAAUGGCAUUGGAACAGUAGGAAUCAGCAAUUUUGCACAGGAGGCAUUAGGAGAUGUUGUUUACUGUAGUCUUCCAGAAAUUGGGACAAAAUUGAGUAAACAUGAUGAGUUUGGAGCUUUGGAAAGUGUGAAAGCUGCUAGUGAACUCUACUCGCCUCUCUCGGGAGAAGUGACUGCAGUUAAUGAUGCCCUUGCAGAUAAUCCAGGGCUUGUCAAUAAAUCCUGUUAUCAAGAUGGUUGGCUUAUCAAGAUGACUGUGGAAAACCCUGCUGAACUUGAUGAACUGAUGAAUGAAGACGCCUAUGAGAAGUACAUAAAAUCCAUUGAGGACUGAGCUGGAAUAAUGAAAUAAAUCCAUAUAAAAUA